CAAGCAGCAAAGUCACGCAGGACAUCUCCACGCUCAUCUCCUUGGACGUCUCUUCUUCUUUUUUUUUUUUUCUUUUUUUUUUAAUUUGGACCAUCUUCGAUCGACCAAAACCGCGCCGAUCCUCCUGCGGGACUCCGUCAAAAAAAGACAAAAAAAAAAAAAAAGAAGUAGAAGUUAUACCGCUUCUUUGGCUGUGAUUCUUACAGGCGCGCAUCAUGUUGGACGGUAUAAAAAUGGAAGAUCACCCGCUGCAGCGAUCGGGACAAGCCACGCUGGGUGUCAUGCUCGGGUCGGACUGCCACCACCAGGCCGUGUGUGAGGGCUGCCAUCGGCCCAUCUCCGACCGCUUUCUGAUGAGGGUCAACGAGUCGUCGUGGCAUGAGGAGUGUUUGCAGUGCACGGUGUGUCAACAGCCUCUCAUCACCAGCUGCUACUUCAGAGAAAGGAAACUUUACUGCAAGCACGACUACCAACAGUUGUUUGCUACCAAGUGCAGUGGCUGCAUGGAGAAGAUCGCCCCCACAGAGUUUGUGAUGCGAGCCCUGGAGUGUGUCUACCACCUGAACUGCUUCUGCUGCUGCGUGUGCGACCGCCAGCUGAGAAAAGGCGACGAGUUUGUCCUGAAAGAGGGUCAGCUGCUCUGCAAGGUGGACUACGAGCGGGAGAAGGACUUACUCAGCUCCGUCAGCCCAGAUGACUCAGACUCAGAGAAAAGCGACGAUGAGGAAUUGGACAUCAAGCCAGAGAAAGGAGGCAUUGGAGGCCAGGGGAAGGGGGAUGACAGCAAGGAUCCCAGGAGACCCAAAAGACCACGCACCAUCUUGACCACUCAGCAGAGACGAGCCUUCAAGGCUUCCUUUGAGGUGUCCUCAAAACCCUGCAGGAAGGUGAGGGAGACGUUGGCUGCAGAGACAGGACUCAGUGUCCGGGUGGUCCAGGUGUGGUUCCAGAACCAGAGAGCUAAGAUGAAGAAGUUGGCCAGAAGACAGCAGCAGCAACAAGAACAACAGAAUUCCCAGAGACUUGGCCAAGAAGUAAUGUCAAAUCGUAUGGAGGGGAUGAUGAGCUCCUUCACACCUCUGCCCCCACCACAGCAGCAGUUGGUUGCCAUGGACCAGAACGGGUACAGUACUGACCCCUUCCAACAGGGGCUCACCCCCCCACAGAUGCCCGGAGACCACAUGAACCCAUAUGGUAAUGAUUCGGCAUUCCACGACAUAGACAGCGACACGUCUUUAACCAGCCUCAGUGACUGCUUCAUGGCCUCGUCGGACGUCAACUCCAUGCAGGCCCGGGUGGGGAACCCCAUCGACCGCCUGUACUCCAUGCAAAACUCGUACUUUGCGUCCUGAGCGAAAAGGCAACGGAAAUUAACUGCCCGUCUCGACCCUAAUUCCUGAAGACCGGAUACCACACGAGGAUUGGACAGAGGGAACCUUGAUCCUGAAGACAUAGAAGACCCCUGGGGCAAGAAAAAAAACUAAAAAAAAAACUUGUCAAUUGUUCGAAAUCAUCCAUGGGGGUGGCUUGUCCUUCACAACAGUUUUUUUUUUCUUUUUCGUUCACAUAUAGAAAUCGACUGACGAAACUGUUGGGAUCCGCCGCCCGGAUCAUGUAUGGUUUUGGUUUCUGAGUCCUUUUGUGUUUUGUUGAUCGUUUUGGACUCUCCCUGUUCUUAGUUUUUGCACUUCAAGCAAUCAAUGUUUAUUUAUAUAGCCCUAAAUCACAAAUGUCUCAAAGGACUGUACAAACCACUACGACUACGACAUCCUCGGAAGAACCCACUUCCUGUUUUAUCUUGUUUCCAAGGUUGUUCAUUCGUCCCACCUGCUACUUGUUUCUCUAGCACACCUGUUGGUAAUUAUUUACUUCUGUAUUUAAGCCCGCUUUCUACCUUUUGUUCGAUCUUGGUCCGUUGUUUGCUACUCGCAAUAGUCACGGUUGGUUUUUAAAUGGUAAAUGGUAAAUGGGUUAUACUUGUAUAGCGCUUUUCUACCUUCAAGGUACUCAAGGCGCUUUGACACUAUUUCCACAUUCAUCCAUUCACACACACAUUCACACACUGCCAUGCAAGGCCCUAACCACGAACCAUCAGGAGCAAGGGUGACGUGUCUUGCUCAAGGACACAACAGGCUUGACGAGGUUGGUAGAAGGUGGGGAUUGAACCAGGAACCCUCAGGUUGCUGGCACAGCCACUCUCCCAACUGCGCCACGCCGUCCCCUUUUUCACUCUGUACUAAGUUUCGUCGAUGUAUAUAUUAUUGCUAAGUCCCGUCUUAGCUUUGCGUGCGCUCGGCACGUUAUUGUUGGACUUGUGGACUCCCUGCUAAGCUAGCAUUAGCUUCCCGUGCGUAGGCAAGCGCUUUAUUUUGUCGUUUGUAUCAGUGUUCUUUUUAUUUUUAUAUAUUAAAGGGGAACAUUAUCACAAUUUCAGAAGGGUUAAAACCAAUAAAAAUCAGUAUUUUUCAAUUUUUUUUCAAAAUUUUACCCGUCCUGGAAUAUCCCGAAAAAAGGCUUUAAAAUGCCUGAUUUUCGCUAUUUACGAAGCCACGGUCCAUUUUCCUGUGAAGUGAAUUAGUGAAAUUAAUUAUAUUUAUAUAGCGCUUUUCUCUAGUGACUCAAAGCGCUUUACAUAGUGAAACCCAAUAUCUAAGUUACAUUUAAACCAGUGUGGGUGGCACUUGGUGCAGAUGGGUAAAGUGUCUUGCCCAAGGACACAACGGCAGUGACUAGGAUGGCGGAAGCGGGAAUCGAACCUGCAACCUUCAAGUUGCUGGCACGGCCACUCUACCAACCGAGCUAUGCCGGUGAUGCCAAUACAAACAACACGGUGGAUACCCACAGCAAGAUAUAGCGACAUUAGCUCGGAUUCAAACUCGGAUUUCAGCAGCUUAAGCGAUUCAACAGAUUACGCAUGUAUUGAAACGGAUGGAUGGAGUAUGGAGGCAGAUAGCGAAAACGAAAUUGAAGAAGAAACUGAAGCUAUUGAGCGAAUAGCUCAGGGGUCGGGAACCUUUUUGGCUGAGGGAGCCAUGAAAGCCAAAUAUUUCAAAAUGUAUUUCAGUGAGAGCCAUAACAUUUUUUUUAACACUGAAUACAACUAAAUUUGUGCAUUUUUAAGACCAACAUUUUAUAACAACAGCAUAAUAAGUCUCUUAUUCUUUUUAAUAACAUUUGUAUUCCAUAGCUAACCAAUAAUUAAUAUAAUACUUGUUACCAUUUAUGCUUCUUCUUGAACAGGUGCGUUAGAAAAUGGAUGGUUGGAUUAAAAUGCAUGAGAAUGUUUUAUAAUUUGAAUGUUAUUUAUAACACUGUGAUUACCAGCGGAAUUUUUCAUUACUUAUCGUGUUAAGCAAUGUCAGCUAAGAUUGAUCUGAGAGCCAGAUGAAGACAUCAAAAGAGCCACAUCUGGCUCUAGAGCCAUAGGUUCCCUACCCCUGGAAUAGCUAUUGACGCCAUUCAGCCAGGUCUGUAAAAUGUGCAGACCAAACGAUCGGGACUUUCGCAUUGACACUGGAGCAACUUAAAUCCGUCGAUUGGUAAGUGUUUGUUUGGCAUUAAAUGUGGGUGGAAGGAAACGCUGGAUGCAAAUAUAGCUAAAUGAGGCAUAACGAUGCAAUAUGUACAUACAGCUCGCUUAAAUAGCACGUUAGCAUCGAUUAGCAACUUGAAUCCAUCCCUGAUCGGGUUGUUACACCCUCUGACAACACACCGACGAGGCAUAAUGUCUCCAAGGUACCGGAAAACAGUCGAAAAAACGGAAAAUAACAGAGCUGAUUUGACUUGCUGCGUGUAAUGUGUUUGAGAAAUUGGCGUUGACUACCUAGGUGACGUCACGUUUUGACGUCAUCGCUCCGAGAACAAAUGAUAGAAAGGCGUUUAAUUCGCCAAAAUUCACCCAUUUAGAGUUCGGAAAUCGGUUAAAAAAAGAUAUGGUCUUUUUUCUGCAACAUCAAGGUACAUAUUGACGCUUACCUAGGUCUGGUGAUAAUGUUCCCCCUUUAAAUCAAGUCUUACCUGCUACUCCUGCCUGUCUGGUCCUCGUGCAUCCGGGGGGGGGGGACACAACACGCGCACACGAUGCGAUCCAAAUGUGACCGAACAAAAAGGAGAAGGCGGGCUUGAAUACCGAAGUAAACAAUUACCAACAGGUGUGCGUAGGGAAACAAGUAGCAGGUGGGACGAAUGGAAAAACCAUGGAAACAAGAUAUAACAGGAAGUGCAAAAACUAAGAACAGGAAGAGUCCAAAACGAUCAACAAAACACGAAAGGACUCAGAAGCCAAAAGCAUACAUGAUUCCGGGCGGCGGAUCCCAACAGAAACACUCUUAAACCAAAUACCAGUGAAUUCAUACAAUGCAUGGCUGUAAACAACCUAUUUCCAAGUCACCCCCCCGUCGCCCCCACCCCUGGUUACAAUGUGGUGUUUGGACUGUUCCUUCUACAUGGUCCCCCCCCCCCCAUGUUCACCCGCUAGCAUUUUGAUCACUAUGGAUAGGUACUAGAUAUUGUGUUAAUAGUCAAAAAUAGGUGCAGCAUGUCUGCAAGAGUGACUGUACAUUUGUGUAUGUUUGAGAAUUUGUGGUAAGAAAGAAUUGUUUCGAUGACUUCAAAUAAAAAAAAAAAAAAAUUUAAAAAAAAAAAAGAAGGG